UGUAUUUUAAAAAGUUUAUAUGAAAAUAAUUAUACAAAAAUAAAAAAAAUGAAUUAGCUCUUUGAAAGAAUUGAUUGAAUUUAUGGACAAGUACUUUGUAGACAUUCGAAGAAGUUGACAGAAAUACAAUAUUCUUUCAAUAAUUGCAUUGGAAACUUUGCGUAUUUAAAGUUGUACGAUACUAUAAGACGACAGUAUGGUGGAAAUUAUGCAAAUUUUUCUAAAUUAAUCAUCGUAUCGAAUAUAUUAAUAAAUUGAAAAUUCCUUCAUCAAAUUUAUUAAACUUCCUGAAGUGUAGCAAUAAAAAUGCAUCGCCUGGAAUUUUGAACAAUAAUGGUACCAAGUCCGAAAUAAAUGUAGUAUAUACUCUAUGUUAAUAACGAAAUCUACAAUAAUCAAGGUGAUUCUCUUCCGUCAAAACCUGGCCCAGUCAAUAAGGACAUGAUCGAUAUAAGCUGGUCGCGAAAGCGUUGCUAAAGAAACUUGGUAAUCGUAUCAUGUAUAUCGUGUAAACACUCGGAACGAGUUUGGUGGGUCGAGCAAGCAAGAUGUCUUACGAACGAAAUAGGAAUUCUUCGGCUUCGUCCAUGUGGAGACAUAAAGCUUACGAACGACAUCGUAUAAAAGUAAAGAAGGCUACGCGAGCAAUUGACGUUGAUCCACCGCAAACAAGACCUCACGUAGUUUUCAAUGCAAAAGGUUUGCAAUUGGAACGCGAGAAGCAAGAUCGUAUCAUUAGGGAGAAUUUUAUCCUUUUGAAGAAACUUCGCGAUAUUAUGCACCGGAAACAAUCCACCGAAGAGAGUUACAGAUUGAAAUGGGACGAAACCAGAUGUAUCAGAACUCGUUGACGUGGGUUUCAUAAUUAAUCAACACCCUUUCAUAGUUUUAAUUUGAAAUCGUCUUGCGUAUUUUAUUUUACGUGAAACAAGUUUAUUUACACGUUUGUACUUUCACAAUAAACAAGUGAACGUGGA